GAGGGCGAACGGGCGGUGCUGGCGCUCUUUAGCCGUCAGCCGCAGUUCCGAGCUAGCGGCGCGUUAGGUGGCGGAGGAUCAUGUGGGGGUAUCUGAUCGUUCUAGCGGCGCUCCUCUUUGCGCUCUACAAGGCUUGCGGCGGCGGCGGCGGACGGAGCCGCUCCCCGAACCCCUUCCCGGCGGAUUCCAGGCGGCCGCCCUCGCCUCUGGUGACCGACAAAGACGCGCGGAGCAGCGUUCUCAAGCGAGCAUUCUCCCGGGAGAAGGUUCCCGACCGCCUAGAUGCCAUCGUCAUCGGGAGUGGCUACGGAGGCCUGGCUGCAGCUGUGGUCCUCUCCAAAGCCGGGCGGCGUGUGCUGGUCCUGGAGCAGCAUGGGAAGGCGGGGGGCUGCUGCCACACUUUCAAUAAGAAGGGCUUUGAGUUUGACGUAGGUAUCCAUUAUGUUGGGCAGAUGGUGGAGAAUUCUUUUUCGCGUAUGAUUGUUGACCAGCUCACGGAUGGACAGCUCCAGUGGGCGAAGAUGGACUCUCCCUGCGAUGUGGUCAUUCUAGGCGAUCCUGAUAAUGGCAAGAAGUAUUACAUGUACAGUGGACUGAAGGAACAUGUUGAUGGCUUGAAGAAACAGUUUCCAGAUGAAACUGCUGCCAUUGACAGAUUUGUGAUGCUUGUAAAGAGAAUUGGCAGAGGAAGUAGCCACAUGACCCUCCUGAAAAUCCUCCCGCUGCCAUUGGUCAGGUUUCUGAAAUCUACUGGCUUGCUGGGCUUGAUCUCUCCAUUCUGUGGGAUGGUAUCCAAAAGUCUUUCAGAAGUCAUUUCCGGGCUCACGGCAAACGCGGAUUUGAAAGCAGUGUUCAGCUAUAUCUUUCCUACCUAUGGAGUGAUUCCCACACAGUCCAGCUUCCCUCUACAUGCACUCAUUUAUGAUCACUACUUGAAAGGUGGCUGGUAUCCUCAAGGGGGAGCCAGUGAAAUCGCCUUCCACUCCAUCCCCAUCAUUGAGCGGGCUGGAGGGGCUGUCCUUACCAAGGCACCUGUCCAGAGCAUUUUGGUGAAUUCCCAAGGGGAAGCCUGUGGUGUAAGUGUUAAGAAAGGGCAGGAUGUCAUGAAUAUCUUUGCUCCUGUCGUGAUUUCGGAUGCUGGGAUCUUCAACACCUACAAGCGGCUCUUGCCAGAGAACUUGCAAGCUUUGCCAGGCAUUCAGAGCCAGCUGUCCAUGGUGCGACAUGGCAUCGGAGGGUUCACUGUCUUCAUGGGACUCAGAGGCUCCAAGGAGGAGUUGGGACUGGAAGCCAAAAACUAUUACGUCUACCCACGGAACAACCUUGAUGAAGCGUUCAUAUCAUACAUGAAUUCAUCAAGAGAAACUGCUGCAAAAAUUAUUCCUUUUGCAUAUAUUAGCUCUCCGUCGGCGAAGGACCUCCUGUGGGAGAAGAAGUACCCAGGCAAGUCCACUCUGAUCAUCCUGACAGCCGCAAGAUAUGAAUGGUUUGAGGAAUGGAAGGAAGAGAGAGUCUCCAAGAGGGGGGAGGACUAUGACGAUCUUAAAAAUAGUUUCAUGGAGGCUCUGAUGGAAACCGUUUUUCAAAUUUAUCCUCAAGUAAAAGAUAAG